UGAGUUGGCAGGCAGCCGCUCGGAAGCAGUGCGCUCCUCUGUGUCACGGUUUGUACUCUUGGCUAAAUAUUAUUACGGUGCUCAAAUCAAGGAGGAUGUGUUGGGCAGGGCAUGUAGUAGGUAUGGGAAAAGUUGACAAAUGCAUCUAAAAAUGUAUUCGAAAAAUUCGAAGAUAAGAAACCACUAGAGAGUUCUAGACGCAGAUGGAAAUGUGAAUACUGCAGUGUAUCUUAGAUAAACAAGGUGCUGACUGGGUUCAUGUCGCUCAGGAUAGGCUACUGCGCAGUUGCAUGGCCCACGUGACACUGAGUGCGCGACAGACAGCUUAUCGCGCGAUAACGAGCGCGCAGGUGCCGUCGGACCGAGGCUGGAGCCGUAACCACAGCGAGCAUCCACAAGCCAAGAAUGAGUCACGCGGGGUCCAAGCCGGCGGGCCGCCAGAGCGUGUUCCAGACGCUCACGUGUCCGCUGUGCCGUGAGUACAUGUGUCCGCCCAUCACGCUCUGCCAGGCCGGACACAACAUCUGCUCGCGCUGCCGGUCCGGCACCGAGAAGUGCCCGAGCUGCGAGCGGCCGCUGCUGGACACACGCAACGUGGCGCUGGAAACCAUUGCGCGCAACCUGGUCUACCCGUGCCGCUUCAGCCCUGCAGGGUGCCGCGGGAAGUUCCGCAUGGACGACGUCGGCAAGCACCACGCGCAGUGUCCUCAUCGCUCGUACGACUGCCCUCUGCGGGAGCUGGAGGGCUGCAAGUGGACUGGCAGGUUUGGCGAGAUCCGGGAACACGUCGAGACGCGCCACAGCACGGCCGUCAUGGCGGCGUCGCAAGAACAGGAGGCCACGUGGGAGCUCUCCAAUCCUGAAUGCUUCCACAACUCACACCACGUGCUGUUCGCGUGUGCUGAGGUGUUCGUGCUGUACAAGAGGUUCGACAUCUCCCACCGCAAGCUCUGUCUGUCUGUGCACCGCUGCGGGGAGUCCCCGGGCCCCUUCCGCUACUCCCUGCGGCUCGACAAGAACGGCGGCAGGCAGAGCGUCGUGCUCAGCGACGCAGCGCACGGACAGGCAGAGAACGUGGAGCAGGUGUUCCUGUCGGGGGAGUGCAUCAAAGUGGACUUCGACAUGCUGAUGGCCUUCGUCAAGGGGACUCGCCUCUUGCGUAUCAUGGCGACGAGCGAGUGUGCCAGUUGCGGCCACAACGUGUAACAUUUAUACUGAGUUCAGUAGCGACAAAUAUACAAUGCGUA